UUCACACCCAACCUCUUCCUGAAGCAGAUGUUGGAGAGGUACCAAAACAACAGUCCUCCAAACAAUGAUGACCAGUGGAAAAACAAUGGAGUCACCAAGACCUGGGACAGGCUCAUGCUCCAGGACAAUUGCUGUGGUGUAAAUGGACCAUCAGACUGGCAGAAAUACACCUCUGCCUUCCGGACUGAGAAUAACGAUGCCGACUACCCCUGGCCUCGUCAGUGCUGUGUUAUGAACAACCUUAAAGAACCUCUCAACCUGGAGGCCUGCAAACUAGGGAUACCUGGAUACUAUCACAAUCAG